GCCUCCGCCCGCUCGCAGCGCGGCGGCCCCGAGCGCAGGCUGCGCGCGGAGCGGCCCGGCGUGGUGCGCGAGCUCUGCGCGCGGCCCGGCCAGCUCAUCGCGCCCGGGACUGUCUUGGUGAGACUGGAAGGAUGCAGCCAUCCUGUUGUUAUGAAAGGCUUAUGUGCAGAAUGUGGCCAAGAUUUAACUCAGAUACGAAGCAAGUAUGGGAAACAGAGCGUGCCAUUAUCCACAGCAACUGUAUCAAUGGUUCACAGUGUCCCAGAACUGAAAGUUAGCUCUGAGCAAGCUGAGCAGCUGGGAAGAGAAGAUCAACAGCGACUACAUCGAAAUAGAAAACUGGUGCUUAUGGUAGAUUUGGACCAGACAUUGAUCCAUACUACAGAACAGCACUGCCAGCAAAUGUCCAAUAAGGGAAUAUUUCAUUUCCAGUUAGGUCGAGGUGAGCCUAUGUUGCACACACGUUUGCGUCCUCAUUGUAAGGAAUUCCUGGAAAAAAUUGCCAAGCUCUAUGAAUUACAUGUUUUUACUUUUGGCAGCAGACUGUAUGCACAUACAAUUGCAGGAUUUUUGGACCCUGAAAAGAAGCUUUUUUCCCAUCGGAUAUUGUCAAGGGAUGAAUGUAUUGAUCCAUUUUCUAAAACUGGGAACCUUAGAGAUCUUUUUCCUUGCGGAGAUUCCAUGGUCUGCAUCAUUGAUGAUAGAGAGGAUGUUUGGAAGUUUGCACCCAAUUUGAUAACUGUGAAGAAAUAUGUAUACUUUCAGGGGAUAGGAGAUAUUAAUGCACCUCCUGGAUCAAGAGAAAUGCAAAUGAAGAAGAAAGCAAGCCACUCUACAAAACCCGAAGCAUUGGAUUCAGCAGUGAUUUCAGCAAAAGAUGUUGAAGAAAUACAGAAUGUUAUAUGUGCAGAAGAACACAGUAAUGGUCUCAAGAAAACUGCAAAGGACACUUGCAUUGCAAAUGGGAGUACUCCUGUAAGCAGUGAAACAUCUGAUGGGGAUGUGAACUCUCAUAAUAAAGUUAAUGCCCAGGACUCCUUAAAUGAUAGCAUUGGUCACAGAAUGGACGGCAAGGUCACUGAUGAUUUGACAAACACAAAAGAAUGUCAGAUUUUUUCAGAACAAAUUGAUACAACAGUUACAGAGAAGCAGCAAACCCAAGAGAAGAUAAAUGAUUUGGACUUUGAACUAUCUAGUGACAGUGAAAGUGAUGACGGAUUGGAUAGCAAAAAGUCAUCCACUUCUGUAUCAGAUAGUGAGAAUGAGGAAAAGAGAAGUUGGAAGAAAUCCAAACAACCUCUGCAGGAUGAAAAUUUGCAGCAAGAGAGUUGUACUGAUACGAGUGAGAAAAAGUUUGGGCUGGUGAACCGUUCUGGGGACACACAGUCUUUACCUAGUGAAAAUAUCCAGGAAAAAAUUGAUCAUGAAGCACAAGAGGAAAGUGAACAGGAAAGCCUUUGUGAUUUAGGAAAUGGGUCUGGAGACAAGAAAGAAGCUGAAACAGAAUCUCAGAUUAGUGAACAGUCUGGAAUUACAAUGGGUGAGUCCUUAGAUCAGAGCAUGGAGGAGGAAGAGGAAGAAGAUGAUACAGAUGACGAUGACCAUUUAAUAUACCUUGAGGAAAUCCUUGUGCGAGUUCACACUGAUUAUUACACAAAGUAUGAUAAAUACCUGAAAAAAGAGAUUGAGGAAAUUCCAGACAUCAGAAAAAUAGUACCAGAACUAAAAAGUAAAGUCUUGGCAGAUGUAACCAUAAUAUUUAGCGGACUCUACCCAACAAACUUCCCUAUUGAAAAGACACGGGAACACUAUCAUGCCACAGCACUUGGAGCUAAAAUUGUGAAGAAUCUCGUACUUAGUGCUGAUGAUCCUGAUAAAGCAACACAUCUAAUUGCAGCAAGGACAGGCACAGAAAAAGUACGGCAAGCUCAGGACUGCAAGGAUCUCCAUGUUGUUAACCCUGACUGGUUGUGGAGCUGCCUAGAGCGCUGGGACAAGGUUGAGGAACAGCUCUUUCCCUUAAAGGAUGACUACAUCAAAACACACAGAGAAAACAGCCCUGCCACAUUUCCUGAUACACCCAGCACAUUUCAGACUGCUCUGUUUCACCCAACACCUAUCCAUCCGAAGUCUCAACCUGGUCCUGAAGUUCGAAUUUAUGAUCCUAACACUGGAAAGCUCAUCAGGAAAGGCACACAGACAUCUGGGCAGUCAAUGUACAUCCAAUCUCCAGCUCCUCCCAUCACUUUGCCAGUCCACGGUGAACACUCAUCCUUCAGAGUUGUUCAGCCACAUCAACAGCAGAUGUUUGAAGAAGAUGACCUACCAGGAAGUGAAAAUGAAGAGCAGCCUGGUCCAUCUAAGAGGAAACGCCAGCCAAGUAUGUCUGAAACAAUGCCCCUGUACACUCUAUGUAAAGAGGAUUUAGAAAGUAUGGAUAAAGAGGUGGAUGACAUCUUAGGAGAAGGCAGUGACGAAAGUGAUACUGAAAAAAAAAAGACAGAAGAGGAAGGUGAAAAACCUCAGACUUGUGCAACAGAGACUCUAGGGAGGAAGUCAGAUCAGAGACCUGGAUCAUCAUCGUCGUCAUCAAGUGAAAGAAGCUUAACAGGCAGUGUACCCAGGGGUCACAAGCGCAAACUGGAUGAAGAUGAUGCUGCCAGUGAAUCCAGUAAAGAAUCCAGCAAUGAAGAUGAGGAAGGAAGCAGUUCUGAAGCGGAUGAAAUGGCAGCAGCACUUGAAGCUGAACUGAACCACUUCAUGUGAGAUUCAUGCAGAAGACAGAAUUUGUAAUUAUAUUUACUUCUCAUAAGCAGAUCGGACUUCAGAUUAGUCCCUUAUGUCAGUACUCAAUGUUUUACCAAAAUGUGUGUGUAUAUUUUGCAAAGCAUCUCAAGAGGUGAUAUGCUAUUUUACAAAAUCAGAAAUAGAUGUUUUUAAGUUGUUUUACAAAAUAAAAUAUACUUUUUUAAGCAAAAAAAAAAGUAUUAAAUGGGACAUGGUGUGCUAUGCCAAAGACGUUAGGAGCUCUGCAGAACCUUCAUGUACGGGACAGUGGCACAAAGACUUGUGUUAAACAUACAUCAAGUUUCUAAAAAUAUUGCAGGUUGUGGUUUAUGGGUUACAAUAUUCAGAAAAAGGAGGAGAUAAAGGAUAUGGAAUUGUCUGGGUAGUACAGCAUGCACCUGACAAACUGGUCAUCCUUUUCCACAAAUAAAGCUAUCAAAUAUAAAAGGAGUUUUGAAAUAAAAAAAGAACGAUUUUGAAAUAAAAAAGAACGAUUUAUAUUUGUAUAGAAACAGAGAACAUGAUAUGCAAGCUUUGUGAACUCUGCACUUGACCCACCUGCCAUUUGCUCGUAAGAGAAUACAUAGUUAUCAACAUUCAUGGUUAGGUUACUUUUUUGAAUAGUUGAGUUCUUUAGAGACAUUGUUUAGAUUUUUAACUUUUCUUCUUUGUAACCAGAAAUUUAGCACAGCAGACUAUGUGAUCCUGUACUGCCACAUGAAGCAUAUUCACCCAUUCAUGUUGUCUUGGAAAGAACAAAUGCUACUUCAGUCUAGAUAGAAUUUAAUUUCUUUGACAAGAGAUCUGAUGUAAAGUUUUUUGUAUAUUCUAUUUCAUAUUUGACCCACAAAACAGAUUUUCUUCCAUUUAAUAAAGGUUCAUUUUGUAUGC